AAUUAAUUUAAUUAUGGGUUCUACCUUAUCAAAAAAAUAAAGUAAAAUCUUUGUUUUAGGUGGCAUUGGAUUAGCAGCAGCUUUAAGUUUAACAUAUAUUUUGUAUUUUUUAAAUUCAUUUAGAAAAUCUUAACAAACUGAAGAAUAAGUUUAACCUAAAAUUGAUCAAAUAAAAUAAGAUAAUCCAAAACAAAUUUCAAGUAUUAAAUAUGAAGAAGGAGUUAAAUAAGGCUAUGAUUAAUUAUUCUAAUAAGUUGUUAGAUAAAUAUAAGUAGAAAGAUAAGGAUAAUUGAUUUCACUAACAACGAUUACAUAAAUACUAGAGAAAUCAUUAGAUUUAGCCAAAGAUGAAUAUAGCUAAUUAACUUUGGAAAAUAGAAAAAGUAUUUAAAUAAAUAUUAAUCUUUUAGUAAGAAGAAAAAUAAGAAAAUCACAAAGUGCUUAAUAUUAAUAAAUGGUCUUAAAUUAUAAUGAAUAAGUGGAAAAUUUAUUAGAGAAAAAGUAAAUGGAAAUUUGCGAAGUCUUAAAUAUUUCAGAAGAUGUAUUUUAAGAAAGUGUGAUGUCAUUAAUGGAAAGAGGGUUUUAUUAAUAAUUUUUUAUGAUCUAAGCCUCUAUUAGAUAAAAAAUCAAAGAUUCACUUCCAUCUACCAAAGAUAUUACAGAAGAUUUAUUGAUGAAAAUUAUUCAUUUUUAGAUAGAAUAAUUAAACGAAUAACCUAAAGAAUUAAAAGAUAUUAUUACAAAUUUAUCUGUAAUUAUUUUUUAAUAUAAUUAAAAAGGAAAAUUAAGAAACUUAAUAAUUGAUACCAUUAGCAAUUAAUACUAUUUUAGGAGACUAUGUUUAUGAGAAAUUUGAAAUUGAAGAAGAAGACAUGAUCAAAAUUUUAUAAAAUUAAGGUAAAAUAAUUUAAAGUAUCUAGCUUAUUUUUCUGAUCCUUCAAUGUAAAAUGCUAUGAUGUAAUUGGAAUAAGCUAUGUAUCAAUUAAUGACAUCAAUAGAAGGAGGAUAACGAGUAUGAAAAUAUUAAGCACAUUAUAAAAAUGUUAAUAUGAAUACAUG